AGACAUUACACAACAUUGAUUAUCUAGCUAAAGCCUUUGUAAACCAUGGCACAACACCUCCCAUUCGUGACUCUGGAUGUCUUCACCUCCAAGCCAUACUCAGGAAACCCAGUCGCUGCUGUCUUUCUCCCAGAGAAAUCCAAGUCUGCCAGCAUAACUCAAACACAGAAACAACGCAUCGCUCGCGAAUUUAAUCUCUCCGAAACCAUCUUCAUACACCAAGGAAAUGGAGCGAAACGUACAAUUGACAUCUUCACCAAAACAUGCGAGAUUCCUUUUGCUGGUCAUCCGACGAUAGGUGCUGCUGCCUGGCAUUUAUGCCAUUCUACCGAGCAGGAUAAGAAGACCGUUCGAGUUCUAUUGACUAAAUCGGGCGAAAUACCGAUUUCAUUACAAAGCGGCAACUCGAAUGUUGUUUCUGCGAAAAUUGCACACGAUGUGCGCGUUCACGCUGCUCGAUUUCCGUUGAGCGAGGUGCUGAGGUUGCAUCCAUCGCUGGCGCCUUUCUUUCCUACCGAUGAGGCAGGGGAGAGCUCGAUUUCCUUUCCUGUUGUGUCGAUAGUGAAUGGAAUGAGCCAAGUGCAUAUCAAAUUACCAACGCUUACUGCAUUAUCUGCCGUGACAACAGCAGCAGGAGGGGAGGUCAUCCAGGUCAAUUCCGGCUACCAAGAUGAAGGCUGGGAGAAUGGUAUCUGUGUCCAGUACUUCUUUGUUAGAGAUACUGACUCUUGCAAUGAUAGGAAGACGGUUCUUCGAACACGGGGUGUUCGCGGGAACCUGGAGGAUCCGGCGACGGGAAGCGCGGCGAGUGGUCUGGCUGCGUAUUUGACAUUGCAGGAUGGGGGAGAAGGGAAGUUUGAGUAUCAUUUUCGACAAGGUGUAGAGAUGGGGCGACCAAGUGAGAUAAGAGUUGGCGUUGUGGUGAAGGAGGGUCAGAUUGAUAGUGUUGAGCUAAAGGGGACUGCAGUCAAGGUUUCUGAAGGGAGGAUUCUGGUUCCAGAUGCAUAGAGUUCCUAAAUAAUUGAUGGGACGGGGUUGUGGUUAGAGAA